AUGUCUGAACAACGAAAUCAAGAUUUGUCUACAGUGCAGGAUGAGACCGACGAAGACUUUAUGACGAGGAUUACUCAGCCUAGAUUAUGGACGAUUUUCAAAUUCGAUUUCGUUUUUCAAUUAUUUACAGACGAACGAAUAGACGAAGUUUUAGAUAUGUUUAAAGUAAUUGAAUUAUUUUAUUUAAUAUGAUGGUUAAUCGCAUUUUAUCUCUAAUAAUAUAAUAGGAACCGACUUUGAUGCGAACAAACGCAGUUGACCUAUUUUAUAUUAUGCGCUUUAAAGCUAAAGAACGACUUUUUAGUUUAUAAUUAAAAAUCAUGUAACACAUUUCUGAGAAAAACAACUUUUUUUACUAUUCCGGCUAUUUAUAUUAUUGAAAAUACAAAUAUAAAAGAAUAAUGCACUAAUUAUAGGUUAUAUUAUUUUAUUUAAACGAAGCAAAACGAGUUCAAUAUUAUCCAAUAUUGUUCAUACAUACAAUGUUCAAUAUUUUUGUAAUUCAUUUUAAUUUUUUACUUUCACUUUUACUAUAAUAUUAGGUUAUAAAUACCCUCACAAAAAAAAUUACAUUAGCAAACAAAAUAUUAACGGAAAUUCCCAUUAACACGUUGUAAGGAUUUUAAUUUUUGUAAUACUAUGGGAUGUUUUUAAAACCACGGGUUCUUUUAUUAUAAUAAUAUAUAGGUAGUGUUCUAAAUUAUUUUAACAUUAAAAUAUUAAAUUUUCUUGCGUGCAGUUAAGUGCCUUAAGUUAUGAUACUUAUAUGCAACAGAAAAUAUUGUUUUGACCUUUCCGUAACCGUACAGACGAAAAUAUUGCAUAGGUCGUGGUCAACAUAUUAUUAUAAUGGCCUCAUAAUUUUACACGAGUUUUAGCUGUCACCGUCGGUGUGCUUCAAUUUCCUCGGCUGUUAUUGAAUUACUUAGAUUAAAUGCCGCUUUUUAAAUUAUAUUUAAUUGAAAAUAACCCAAGAAGAAUAUCGUGUAUUUAGAACACAGAUACCUAUAGUUUAAAAAAAAAAAAAACAAAUAUUAAAAAAAAACUGUCCUAAGAUAAUGGGGACGGUUGCAGCCGCUGUUAUAGAUAAUUUAAUGUUGAUGUAUAUGUAAGCAAUAAUUAACCAUUGCUAAUGAAAAAACGAUUCAGUGUUGCUUUGUCAACAAUACAUAUAUAUCAUAUUAUGGUAAAAUAAUUACACAUGCUCUAUAUUUUCUUUGGUAAUGUUUGAUUAAUAUCGUACCUAAUUUCCCGUUUUCCUAUGUUUUUUCCAAUUAUUAGGAAAACUCUUAGGGAAAUCAAGAAAUGAUCUUUAAAAAUAAAGACGAACAAAUUAUUAGAAAAUAAACAUCACUGUGCAUUCAUCGCUCCGCUCAGAAUCUAAAACUAGAUAAGUGUAAAAAAAUGCACUCAUACAAAAUGUAAUAGCACACUGGAUCCGUGCAUUCAGUUCAGUUCAGUUCAUUCAUGUCCAGUUAAAUCGCUAAAAACCAUGCGCAAAUAUUGUCAAGUCGGUAGCGGUGGUGAUAUUCCAUUUUCAAGGGAGUGAGGGGAAUUUCAAAUCCACGGGGAGUCACGGGAUUCCGUCCCUCCUAGUAUCUUUGUUGGAAAUUUAUUACGAAAAUUACCGAGCACGCUCCUGUUCAAAUCUUCCUCCAUUUCAACAGUUUCAUACAGUCUGUAUAUUAAAGGUAUUUCAUACUUAAAAUAUUUAUUUGGAUAGACACCAAAAUAUACCAAUGGAACUAUAACAAUAAAUUCAGGUCAAUAGGGCAAUAAUAUAAAUAAAAAGUUACGUAAACCCCAAGUGACCCCCUCCCCUACCGCCGUGUAUUCGCCAUUGUGCCGAACACCCGCUGCAUCCGUUCUGUCAGUUUUCCAACCUUCCGUCUGCUCAGUCCGUAACGCACCUCGGGUAAUAAAAAUAUGCGGACGUCAAAAUAUAAUAUGUAUUUCGGUGACUAGAGGGAUGGGACUGUCUAAGUGCCGUCUAAGUCGAAAUAUUGACUGAUCCGUCACAUUUGGAAUACGACUCGACUGCACUGUACAGGUCCAGUGCGCUCGCUCCUUUUGUUGUUUCGUGCAUUUCCAUGGUUUAUUUGUUUAGUUAAUUAAAUUAACUAAUUUCAAUAAUAAUAAUAAUAAUAAUUGAAUAAUAUAAAAACAAAAAAUCCCAAGCUUGUGGCUUGGGCUCUUGUUUUAAUUUUCUCUCGUCGAUUUAAUGCGAUUUUAAAUUUUAAAUAUUUUAUCGACGAUAAUACUAUACCGUAUUCCAUUCAGAAUUAAAAUGAUUACUCAACGUUCGAUUUCGAAUUUGAAAAUAAUAUUUUGAUUACAUUAUAAAUGGCACACACAUAUUCUAUAUGUUAUGUUUAACGUUUUGUUGCGGCGUCAUUUCGUGGGGAUUAAAUGUUCCGAAAUUCAGUAUAUAUAUAUACAGUACUAUUAUCAUUUAUUAAAAAAAUAUAAUCAUUAUUUGUUUUCAAUAUAUGUGUCCACAACAGCUCGAUUAAUUAUUUAUAGUUCGAUUAUUUACAGGAUUUAGAUAAGUAUCUAUACAAUACUAGUUGCUUUUGUUUUUUGAGCAGCUUAUUUCAUCAGUCUGACAAUAGUAAUAGAUAAUACAAUAUUGCCAAAAACAAAUAAUUACUUAUAGAACUGAAUAUUAAAACAGAUUACGAUAUACUUUACAAUAUUAACCUAUAUUUGACUAACGUAGAAAAAAAAAAAACUUAACUUUUUGUGUUUGUAUAGAAUAAUUACAUUUACGAAGAAUCUUUAUGCGUCAAUAACAAACUAUCGUCGGAUCAAGACUCAAUUAAUCAAUUUAUAUAUCUGAUCAGACAUUGGAUCGCAGAUACUUUGUCAUCAAUUGUGAUAGAAAAGAGUUCCGGAAAAUGUAUUGGAAUAAUAGUGUGUAGAUUUUGCUCGAUUGAAGAUAACUCAUUGGAAUUUAGCAGAUUGAGAGUAAUUCAAAUUAUGAAUAAUUUAAUAAUUUUACAAAUUGAACUUAUUCACUGUACUAAUUAUAAUAUUUUAACGAGUUCGUAUAACAUGAACGUGCAUACGGGAUAGCUUUCAGUUAUUCUUAUGCUAAUAAAUCUGUCGAUAUCCAUUUUUUUUUUUAUCAGGUUUUGUGCGAGGGGUAUACAUAUGUACAGAGAAAUUAUAUUUUAAUUUGAAUACAAAUAUUUUAAUCUUUUCUAAAAGAAAAAAAAUCACUGAAAGAUACCCUGUGUAUUAUAUUAUAUUACUCAAAUAUUUAAAUGUAUUUAAUUUAUAUUUAUUGGAUUCAAUAUAUGUUUGCAUAGAUAAUUAACGAAUUUAAUUUCAAUAUCUCAAUAAUGCAAUUUAGUUAUAAUAUAUCUAUUUCGUAUAAUACUCGCAAGUACUGGGGUAAUGUAAUGGAAUGGAGAAAGAUAAUAAUAAUAUGUUCACAAUAAUGUAAAUUCUCUAGAAAAACGUGGAUGUAUUAUAAUAUUGAAUUUAUUAUUAAAGACGUCUGGUAUUUGGAAUUUAUAUCGAUAAAAAUCUAAACAUAUAUAUUUAAAUAGUUGUUUAAUACAAGUACCCAUAACCAGUGCUCGAAUCGGGAAAAAAAACGAGAGACCGUAAAAGAAUAUUGAAAGACUUAAAAAUAAAUUAAUGUUCCUCGCUAUUAUUGAACUCAACGUAACACAUGGGGACUUUGCCCCAAUACCCCCCCCCCUUGUAUCAGUUUUGAAUCAUAAUUCGGUGAUUAAUAAUAAUUUACACUAUUGAAGGUUAAUGUUUUGCUUUCGUAUGCAUUUAUUUUAUAUUUUGUAUCUAAUAAGUACUAUGAUAGAUUUACUAUGCAGUGUGUUUCUUUUUAUUAUGAUUGCCAGUAGAAAAUAGGUAGUUAUUGUCUAGCCGGUGCAAUGAGGAGGUAAUUUUUUUUAUUCUCCUUGUUGUUUUCUGAAUAAUGGUAAAAACCGUCAAGAAAACUGUAUCAGUUUCUGUUAUAUUAAAUUUUCUUUUAUAGUUGUAAUUCGAUAAAUAAUAAUUGUAAAAGCCGAAAAUUUCCUCCAACAAUUAUAUAUAGCUGUUUUGAGACAUGAUAUAAUUUCCAAAACAUACUGGCGACUCCUCAGUUAUUUGUAGAAAUUUUAAAUUUUCUGGUUAUUUUGGUUUGUAUUUGGCAUUAUGUGAUUGUCUUGGUCAUGCAAAAUUUUAACACAAAGCUUAUUAUAAAAUGAGUUUCAAUUAUAAGUUUCAAUAAACAAAUUUGAGCGUUAUGAAGUCAUUUUUUUUAUAAGCGUUAAUGUUCAAGUUUUAACGAAAACGCAUUUUGAUAAAAAUGCAAAAAUAUAUAUCGUCCCGUGCGUUUCACAAAAAAAAUUAGAGGUACGCUAAUAUUUCUGAAAAAUUAGUAGUGGUACGGAGUCCACUCCAAUUCGAGCACUGACUAUAAAUAUGAAAUAUACCUACGGAUUUUUAUAUACCUCUGAUGUUAAAAUUCAAUUUUUAAAAUAUUUUUUUUCCCGAUCGAGUUUGAUAUUAGGAAGAUACGCAUGCAGAGAAAAAUUUAAAUUUCAUUUUCAUCCCGAAAUCGCUAAAAAAAAAAAAAAAAAUUUAACACGUUUCGGAAUUUCCAAAAUAACCGUUUCGCAAAGGAUAUUAUUUCAAAAAUGUCAAUGUACUGUGUACAUUCUUGUCCGUAUGCCGUUUGUAUUUGUAGUACAGCCAUAUUGAUUUCAAACACAGUAAAUAAUUUGUGGUUAGCUGGUGGCUACUGUAUUUCGCGAAUGCGUGGUAAAUGCAUCUUAUUGUAAAAAUGGUUAUCGCGCGCAGUAGACAGUUUUAUUAAUUUUAUCAUACGAUUGCGAUUCCAUAUCGCGGAACGCGGUACAGUCCGUGCAAUUUGUUCACGUCCCCUCUCCAGAAACUAAAACGGUCGUAUUACUCGGAAACCAUUCGUCGGACGUUCAUAUUGUGUGUAUGCUGGAUCCAAACGUUAAGAAUAGAAUAUUUAUUACAAAUCGCGGGCUAUUUUGAAAAUUCCGAAACGCGAACAAAUAAAUAGACGUUUUUUGCUAUUUGACUUAGCGGUGAAAGAAAAAUGCGAUUUUUCUCUAAAUUAUGGCUCCUGAGUGGGAGCGUAUCACCUCUAUGCCCCCUCCAGAGAAAAUACUAUUGAAAAAAAAAUUUGAAUAUUAACUUAGAUAUACAAAUUCAUAGAGCCCGGUGAGACGCCCCGUUCAUUGUUACAGGUUUAAAUAAUUUUUAUAUAGACAAAUUAACAUAAUUGAGCGGGUAUCUGAAAAUAAUUUUAAAGUUAGUUUAAAUUAUUUUUUAAACGUACGCGUCAUAAUAUUAUGCAUUUAAGUACAUAGGUAUUUAUAUGAAAAUUACGUUUUAAAAACAUGAAAUUAUUGCAAAGUAUGACAUUCCAGAAAUAGUUUGAUAUCGUUAAAUAUUCGCCUUUCUCCUGAGUCGUCUUUAUUGUAAUAUUGUCGAGAAAUAUUUUAGUUGUACGAGGGAGAAAAAUGGAAUAUCAUACAGAAUUUCAAAAACCAUUUAAGCCAGAAAGUUGACAUUUAUAAACAUUAUGAAACCGCAGCAUUUCUCAGGGUUUAUGCAUGGUUUAUUCUACCUGAGUUCAGAGGUCAAGGUAAUUCAUAAUUUCAACUUUUUGUUCACCAAACCGUAAUUAUUGAUCAUUUAUACGAAUGACGGCUUGGCUGAAUUCUUUAGCUUUUAACGACAAAAAAAAAACCAAUAAAAUCAAAAUGUAUUUCAUACUUAUCGAAAUGAUAAUAAUAAUAAUUAUUUUUUGUUUAACCUUUACAGGACUAGGUAAAAAAUUAUUGGAUUGUGUAAUCAACAAACAACUACCCGAGAUGUUACAUUUCGGCUGUAAUGUAAUAUCCGGAAUAUUUACUAAUAAGAAAAGUCAAGAAAUAGCGAAAUCGCUCGGAAUGAACAUGUUGUAUGAAGCGAAUUACGUCGAUUGGGCUAAUCAAAACAACGUUACUUUGCCUGAAAAUAUGUUGGAUGAAAAUACGACGGCUACUGUAAUGGCGUUUCGAGUAAAUCAGAAAUAA